CAAUCACACGUGUCCGGCGCGCUCAGUCCCAUUAUCACCGGCGAUCCCGUCGCGGCCACAACGUACACGCGAUAUACUACCAUCGCCGUCAUCAGGCCAACGACGACGACGACGACGACGUCGGACGCAUCGAAAUUUAUUUUUUUUCAAAUUUCAUUUUUUGUUACACGCACUUGGUCGUUCGAUGUGAUUACAGUUGAUAAUAGCAUACGCCAUAUUGUAUAUAUAUAGGUGUUUUAUUUUGGAGGCGCCGCCACCGAGAUCGUUAUAACAAUAUUAUACGAGCACACUUUAUUUUAAAAUAAUCGACCACUGUUUUUGUAUUUCGUUUUCCCAAUAAAUAUACUAUUUUCCCGCGUUGUUCAUUUGAGUUGUACAAUUUUUUUUAUUGUUUUACUACCUAUCUGUUUCGCGACGUGCGAUGGUCCGGUCGUGCGAUCCGCCGGCAAUCGGUUACAGGUGACGACGGCCAACCGUCAGCACACAGCACUCGAACAUCGCGCGUCUAACGAUGACGACCGAUGAAGAACGUCGGAUAUGAACACUGGACCCAGUCAGGGUGCCCAUGGGCCAUUGUCUCUACCAAACUGGUGGCCCACCGACCCUCGUCACACCACUUCAUCGACCUCGGAUGUCAUGAGUCAGCUAUGUCGUGUGUGCGGAGAACCAGCCGCCGGUUUUCAUUUCGGAGCGUUCACGUGUGAAGGAUGCAAGUCGUUUUUCGGUCGGACUUACAACAACUUGAGUUCGAUUUCGGAGUGCAAGAACAAUGGCGAGUGCGUGAUCAACAAAAAGAACAGGACGUCGUGUAAGGCGUGCAGGUUGCGCAAGUGUCUGGUGGUGGGCAUGUCGAAGAGCGGGUCCCGGUACGGCCGGCGGUCCAACUGGUUCAAGAUCCAUUGCUUGCUCCAGGAACAGCAGCAGCAGCAGCACCACCACCACCACCACCACCACAACCACAACAACAACCAGCACCAACAGCAACACCCGCACCAGCAGCAGCAACAACCGCACCAGCAACAACAACACCGGCCGUCCGCGGGUCUGCAUUUCCAGCAACAGCAGCAGCAGUCGGCAGCUGGUUGCAGAAUAUCGCUAGACCAGGGCCGCACGCCGCCGCUCCCGCCGCUGUGGGCAGACGUCAAACACCAUCUGCGCUUGGACGCAGACAACAACAACUCCGUAGCCGGUGAUCUGAACAAAGACGGCGUCGGCGGCCGGCUGUCCGUGUCCGCUGCGGCCGCCGCCGCUGUCGUACAGGCCGUCCGACCGGAACUGCUGCGGUGGCCUUCGCCGUUCUUCUCGGCAUUCCCAUUCCCGCCACCCGCGCCAUUCUUCCUGGCCUUGCAGCAGCAGCAGCAGCAACAGCAACAGCAACAGCUACACCAACAACAACAGUCGCCGCAGCCACGGGCGACGCCGCCGCCCACUGCAUCGCACCGGCACCGGUCACCGCCGAGUCCGUCGUACCGCGGGUCAUCGUCGGAAGACGACAGCGGCGCAGGCGAACACGACGAAGACGACGACCGCCGUGACGGGCCACCGUCUCCGAAGCGCGUCGCCGUGUCGUGCGACCUGCCGCCCGUCCAGGAGUCACCGAUGGACCUAUCGGUGACCGCGGCCGCGUCCCCGCCCUCGCGGCCGCCGUCCUUCGGUUUUCCGUCGGUCCUGCCGUACGCUGGCGGACGAUCACCCGGCCACAGCCCGGACCGGUCUCGUCGCCGGCGCCGACGUCCGCGCAAGCGGAGACGACAACCGGCACCGGAUUUUGUAGCCGUCGCGGACCGGACGUCCGGAUCGGACGACGACUGCGCGGCCGGAACUGACUCGGUGCGAGACUCCGACUCGAACGAAUCGGGCGGCCGGCCGGAGAAAAGCGCACCUCUGGACUUGACGUGCAACCGGUCGUAGACGAAAUUUUAUCUUUAAUAUUAUUUAUAUAGGUAUAACGUGAUACAUUUUUUUUUAGUGUUUAUCUCUCUCUUUUUUUCUUUCUUUCUUUCCUAUAUAGCGCUCAUUCUAUAUUAUUAUAGGUAAUGAUGAUGUAAACAAUUUUGUCGGCGGCGGCCAAAAACGCGCCGCAGAUAUAUUAUAAUAUAUCAUCAUUAUUAUUUCUAUUAUUAUUAUAUUUAUAUAUAUAUAUAUAUUGUGUAUAUAGUGUGUUAUAUAUGGUUUGAUCGAUUAUGUUCAUGUGUAAACAAAUUAUAAUAAACAACGCGUGUAACGUGUA